AUGGCUGACAAGAAUGGUGCACUUCCACUGCAUCGCGCAGUGCGUCAUGGAAACUAUGAGGCUGUACAGGCAUUGAUCGAUCAAGACGACUCUGGAAUCAUGGUCUUGGACAAUUUCGAGUUUACCCCACUUGGUAUCGCUUGUCAACUCGGCUGGAAGAAAUGCGUUGAGAUACUUUUACCAAAGUUGAAGCCAGGAAGCGAUAUACCAGAAACUGCCGUUGGACUGGCGGUCGAAAACGGUCAUCAUUCCAUCGUCCAACGCCUAUUAGAAUGGGAUGAGUCCUUGAUCAAUCACUGCCAGGAACCUUUUCUACGCGCUACUAGGAAGGGUCAAGUGAACAUGGUCAAGUUCCUCGUCGAACGAGGGGUCAACAAGUUUUACAAGGAUGAACAAGGCCAAACAGCAUUGCACAAAGCGUGUAUAUCUGGCGAAGCAGAAUUGGCGCGAUUCUUUAUAGAGGACAUGAAGAUGGACCCGGACUCAUCCGACGACUCUCAGCGAACCCCUCUCUAUUUUGCCGCGGAGAGAGGCUACACCGAGAUAGUCGACUGCCUCAUCAAGAACAAAGCCAACGUGAAUGCGCUCGAUCGUCGCUGGGAGACACCGCUUUUCAAGCCUGCAGGUAAUGGCCACGUGGAAAUUGUUGAUCGUCUCCUUACCGCUGGGACUGACGCUACUAUCCUGGAUGCUUGGCAGAGAACUCCAUUACGCUUCGCCGCAUUGAAGGGCAGGGUUACUAUAGUGAAAAUGUUACUAGAGCGGACCAAUAUUCAGCAGGAUCUCCCAGAUUGGAUCGACCGGACAGUCUUACAUACGGCGGCAAAUUUCUUGAGAGAUGGUCAAGAGGAAGUUAUUGACCUUUUGGUCAAACACGGGGCUCAGGUGGAUAAAAAGACUGGGAAGACUGGAGGAGGUACUGCCUUGCACGAGGCUAUUCGUCGCGAGCAAGGUCAACCACCUCCCUCUGAAGCUCUCAUCCGACGGCUCAUCAAAGUCGGGGUUCCCAUAAAUGAAGUUGAUGCGAAUGGAAAGACGGCGCUAUUCUAUGCGAAUCUGAGUGGCAACGCAGCGAUAGCCAAGGUUCUACUAGAUGAAGGUGCCAAUCCCGACAGUGCCCCUUCCUCGUCCAUCAACAUUAGGAGCUUUACCCCGAUCCAUUUAGCUAUCCUCAGCGGUGAAGAUGAGUUUCUUCUCGCUAUGCUCGAUACGGAUUGGGGUCGGAAUGCUAUCACUCGCCAAGAUAAGGACGGUCGGACUGUGAUACAUGUUGCCGCUAUGCAUGGUGGGACGGACCUCCUGGCUCUUCUUUUGAGUCACCUAACAGGUGAAAGAGCUGCCGCAGUUGACACGCCUGAUGUGGAUGGACGAACGGCAUUACAUUUGGCGGCAAGUCAGGGUCAUCUCCAUAUAGUCAAGCAGCUACUCAGUUUCGGGGCGCUGGCCUAUGCCACUGACAAACACCGGUAUAUGCCUAUGCAUUUUGCUGCACAGGCUGGACAUGACGAGAUUGUCCUACAAUUGCUAGACACACUCCCCAGCCAGGUUGAACAAGGCUUAAGGUCUUUUCAGAGGCGGCUGAUUGAUCACCAUCCAUCUGACCAGAGUCUCCCGCCGACGCCCGUCUCAAUCACUGUGAUCGAAUUGGCAUUCUUGGAGGCUAUUUACAAGGCCGGUGCGAUAGUUAUGGUUCCAGGGCCGGGAGGAAAUGUACCUUGUCGCGUUGCAGACGUUUGGUUGAUUGAGAAUCGAACCAACCUGAUCAACCGUGUCGUCUCAGAGCUGGAAACAUGGGAGCAUGAUCGCCACAGCAUCCCAGGCACGGUAUUAAUGCGCGCCAUAUUUGGUGGACACAAUGAAGUUGUGAGACGAAUUCUUCAACGCCUGCCUCAUAUCCCACUUCAGGCGGAACAGUAUGAGUAUCCUAAUGCCCUGUCGUUAGCAUCAGCAUUGGGCCAUUCGGAGAUCGUGGCUCUGUUGAUCAAAGCUGGGGCUCUUGUUGAUGCUGUAACGGACAAGCAGAUAUCAGCGCUUCACUAUGCAGCAACUGAUGGUCACACAAAGGUUAUUGAAGAGCUUUUGAACCCUCGAGGUACCAAGGGCGCCAAUCCUGACCUUGCUCGUCUCAGCGAUGGAUCCACGCCGUUACAUCUCGCGGCGGAAAAGGGUCACAACGAUGCCGUCCGUGCGCUCGCCAACGUGGCCUUCUUCAACGCCACUGAUGAUAUUGGACAAACUCCCCUUCAUCGAGCUUGUCUCUCGAAACAAGAGACAACUGUUGAUGUUUUGUUGGAGUUUGCUGUCGAUGUACUGGCAAAGGAUGAUAACGGUUCUACGCCAAUGGAUUUAUGUAAGGAUGCCGGGUUCAGUGGAGAGGUGUUGCAACGGAUGCAAGAUCAGAUGGAUAAGCAACGUUUGAACUAG